AUUAAUUAAAACUUUGUUUAGGCAUGCGAGGCUUAUCUUUUUUAUCCUGUCUUGUGGCCAUCCUUGUUACAGUGUCCUACGGACAGUUUCUUAAACGGGCGCCAUUCAAUUCCUGGGCAGGGAAAAGAGCUGAACAUGAUCUCAGCAAUAGCAGAUUGGACAAUUCCAGGUUUGGAUAUGAAAACGGCCCCUUCUUCUCUUAUGGCGGAGCAGAUAUGAAUAAGCGAGGUGACCGGCCUAGGGCAUUCAGUAGCUGGGCAGGGAAGAGGGCACCGUUCAGUUCCUGGGCUGGAAAGAGGAGCGGUUAUACUGAGAAACCAGAAUGGUAUAAUGAGGACUACUCCAGGAAAAGGAGAAGCUUGAAGAAUUAAUUUCAAGGAUUGCCAAGGGAUUAUAAAACCUCUACGAAACGAAGAUUGGUUUUUAACGAUAAACUCCUGAUCAGGAUUUUAGAAAAUCAAAUUAAAAUUUAUUUAAAUGAAGAAAAACAACCUUUGUAUCAAAGAUCUCUUGAAUAUUAAUCAAACAUAUUUUCAAUUUACUUUAAUAUUUUGUUUAUUGACUUGAUUUGUAAAUAAUAAGGAAGCUAUAAUUUUUAGACCAUAUAAAAUAAAUGUAGCUUUUCAACUUACAAUUAAGAUUACUAAUCAAUUACAUUUCAGGAUGGAAUUGUGUCCAAAAAUAACUCAAUGUAACAUUGUUUAUCCUAAGAUCACUUAUUUAUCCAUAUUACAAAAUAACACAUUUACCCUUUUUGCAUUGUCAAUGUAGAACAUUUCAUGCAAAAUUUAUUUUCACAUUUAUUUAUUUUCAACGACAAAAUUGUAAUAUAAUUUUAUUCUUUUAUCAUAUUCUCAAUAAAUUGCGCUUAGCAUACUACGUACAGUACAUUUCACUUGAGACUACUUAUGUACAUAAAGGACUUUAUAUUUCACUGUAUUUCGGACCUGACCAAUUAAAUAACACAAAACAAUAGCGUACUGUCUCUUCGUCGGUUUUCUUAUAGGAAAUCUACCAAUGAGUACGUGUGAAAAUAGUGCACUGCAAAUUUUUUAAAGAAUUGUAAACAAACAAAUGUGUAGCUUACAUUUCUUCAAACUGUAGUACUCUUUUUUAUGAAUUAUUAAAUGGGGGUUCCAAUCGAAGCUUCUUUGAACACUAUAAUGUACUGUACAUUGUUCAGUACUCAAAACGCAUACAAUUUGACUAUGUUGUUCCGUACAUACAAACAUUGCGUACAUUGUACAGAAGAAAUCCAAGGGGCUUGAAAACGAAAUACUGUGAACAUAUUUAGCAUAUACUUGUCAGUUUUCUUGAUAUUUGAUUAUAUUAAUGUAGUGAUUUAUUAAUUGAUUGAGAACUAUCAGAGGAGGAUAGAACUCAACUCUCUAAAAUACAUUAUCAUUUUUCAAUAAUAUAUUAUUAAAUGUAAUUCUUUAAUCACUGUGAUGAUUCAGUUGUAAUAUAUCUUUUUCAAAGAAAUUUUCAGUUUUUUUGUCGACAAAAUAUAUUGAUAUUCCACAAU